ACGCAGAUUUAAGUGACGUAAGCGCUUCUGCGAAGUUUUGUGUUGUUGUUAUGGAAAGGGGGAAUAUUCGGGCUUUUCCGUCAGAUAGGCCGAUGAUUACCGAUGAAAACCGUGAAGACGGAGAUGGCGGGAAAAUGACGUAUCUAUCUAAAGGUAAGGUUACGUUUAGAGAGGAACCAAGGAAUCGCUCAAGACCUAAAUUUAGACAGCUGUCACGUGAUGUCAGCGGGGAAGUGUUCGAUAUUCCAGAGGAGCAUCAAGUCAUCUUCGCUUAUGAGACAUUGCAUGGGAAGUGUACGCUGAUAGGCGCUAUAUGCUACAAAACCGCGGACUCUCGUUUGACCGAACCGGACUCGACGUUUGAUUCGGAUUAUUACCACGUCAUAGCUUUUCUGUUUGUGAAAGGAGAUUUUCAGUGUCAGGGCGUCGGGAGACAACUUUUGGACAGAGCUGUGUUGUCCAUGUUGUCAGUGACCAGAAGACCAAUUCGUGUACAGAGCGCCGAAAGGGCUGUCGCUUUCUUUGAGAAAAUGGGUUUCGUCCAAGUAGGGCAACCUUUUGAAAGCAUGUGUGGACCUCGAUUGUUUAAAUUUCUUUUUAACAUGGAAAAAAUUGUGAAAUAAAUUUUCUAGAAACCUAAGAAUUUUGGCCUGUAUUGUUUAGAGGACACAGCAAAUUUGUUUCACUUAUAGAAGAUUCUGAUGCGUUAGGUUUAGGCCAAUGUUCAUGACCUUAACUGGAAGAA